AUGCAAAGAUCAUUAUCAAUAAAUUCAAAUUCUUCACCAAUACAUGAAAAUAUAACAACUACUACAAAUUCAGAUUUUACAACAAAUAUUGCAACACAACCAAUACCCAAAAAAUCAAUACAAAUUAGAACAGAUAAACCAAGGCCUCAUAUUUGUGGAGUUUGUACAAGAGCAUUUGCAAGAUUAGAACAUUUGAAAAGACAUGAGAGAGCUCAUACUAAUGAAAAACCAUAUCAAUGUGCAGCUUGUGGAAGGUGUUUUGCAAGAAGAGAUUUAGUUUUGAGACAUCAACAGAAAUUACAUACCAACCUACCAAAUCUAAUGAGAAGAGGUUCAUCAAAAGAUUUAGAUAUAAAUGAACAUAUAAAUGUUUUACAUAACAAUACAGAAUUGAAUGCUCCAUUACCAAAUGGUAUGAUAUUACCUGAAAAAUCCAAUGAUGACAAAACCAAAAGUGGUACACCUCAAUUUAGAACUUCAUUAUUUGGGGAAGAACAAACAAAUCUGCCACAACAACCAACAAUGGGUGUUUCACCAAUUACAUCAUCAAAUUCCCCAAGACCAAGUGUAACUCAAAGAAAUAGUGUAAGCAUCACUCAACCAAAAGCAACUCCAAUGUCAAGACAAGGUUCUGUCAAAAUGAGUCGAAGAAAAUCUUCUCAACAUCAAAUAAAACAAGAAUUAUCACCAGAAUCUGAUUCACCGAAAAGGAAAAAAAUUGCUCAAAAUAAUGGUAGUAUUUCAACACCUUUGGAGUUUAGUACUAUUCCAUCACAUUUAAUCAAUAAUUUCAGACAUGCGUCAUAUUCAGCAGCUUCUGGGAGUUCAUAUACCACCACCAAAGAUGCUAUACAAAUUCAAGAAAAUAAUGUUACAUUUACAGAUUCAAUUCCAACUCAUGUAGAAUUUGGUACACCACCAUUAGCAGCACAAACUGAAGAAUAUCAUAAAAUUAUGGGGAUGAGUGGAUUAAUGGAUUGGGGUAAUAUAGAUUCAUUAGAUUUAGGUGAUGAAGAAAAAUUUGCUUUAAGACAAAAAUCAUUGAAGAAUAUACAUGAUUUUUUCACUGAUGGGUUAAAAAAAGUAAGUAACAACCAAAAUAAAGGUAAAGAAUCAAUUCAAAUGCAACAAACUCAAAGUAGAACCACAAUUUUUGAAAUUGAAGAUUCUGUGGAAACUCAAGAAUUUAAUCAAAAUUCUCAAUUUCAACAACCACAACAAGCACAUUUACCACCUUCAAUAAGCCAAAUACAAGCACCGCCGCAACAAAUUUUGUCACAACAAUUACUGCCCCAAUCAAAUCAAGGUUCAGUAGCGUCAUCUGCUGCAAGUAUAGACCCUCAACAAUUAAGCAAUAAAGCAGCAGCUCCUAUCAAAAGAUCUAGAUCAACUAUGGAAAAUGGAAAUGGUACUCCACAAGGAAGUAAUAAUGGAACAGGUAGUGAUAGUGAUUGGAUUAAAGACUUGAUGGGGCCAUCAUUAGACAUGAACUUAAAUUUCAGUGCAAACACAAGUUUUGAUGAUUUAAAGGGAUAUUUUCAAAGUAAUAAUGCCAAAACCAACAAAUUAAAAGAAAAUUUCCCGAAAAAGCAAGCUCAAGAUUUUAUGCAACAAUUAUUGGGGAGUGAUGCAAAUGGUGAAAUAAAUUUUGACAAUAACAUAAAUUAUUCAAUUGAAUUUCCAGCAAAUUUUUAUAACAAUGAUUCAAGUUUAAUUUCAAAUGAAACUAGAGAAAAAAUGAUGUCAUUAAGUAAUUUGGGUAAUCACGAGUUUCCAACUUUAGAAAGUUUGAAAUAUUAUGCACAAUUAUAUGAAUUUGGUUUCAAUAAGUAUUUUUCAUUUAUUCAUUUACCAUCACUAAAAAGUUUAAGAGGACAAAAUUUUGAAAUCAUUCCCUUGUUAUCAGCAAUUGCAGCUAUUGGAUCAUUAUAUUCCUACAACAAUCAUGAUGCAUUAUUAUUAUUUAAUCUAUCAAAAUUUCAAAUUCAAAAUUUCUUUGAAAAAGAAUUGUCUUCUAGUAAUUUACAAUUUAAAAAAAUUCCAUUAAUGGCUCAUCAAUGUCUUGUAUUACAUAUCAUGAUAUCUUUAUUUUUCAAUGAACCUAAUAUGAUUGAUAUAACAUCUAGACAAAUCAAGUCAAUGAUUAGAUUGAUUCAAUCAACUCAUUUUAAUGAACCUUUGGAGCAAACUAUUAUUCCUCCACCACCUGUACCGCAAGGAAUCACGACUGAAGAAACAAAACAAAUUAUUCAACAUAACUACGACUACUUUAUUAUGGCACAAUCAAGAAUUAGAACUUUGCAUUUAUUUUAUGUAUUGCAAACAUUUAGAUCAACAAUGACUGGAUCACCAGUUUUAUUUAGCUCUAGUCAAUUGAAAAAUGGGUCAGGCUGUAUUAAUGACAAAUUAUGGUGGAGUUCAAGUGCAACAAGUUGGUAUGCAACAGUUUGUAAAACAAAUCCACCAAAUUGGUCUAUAAUUGAAUUAAGUAAUGGUCAAUCUUUUAAUUCACUUUCAAAUUAUUUAAAAAAUCCAUUUUCUGCACCACACAUUCCAAUAAAAAACUUGUUAACAUUAUUGUUAAGUAUUCAUGAACAAUUGGAAAAUGAACAAGCUCAACUGAAUUAUAUUUCAUGGAAUCUUGAAAAAAAAUCGAAAUUUGAAACUUUAAUAAAUAAUUGGGAAAUUCUAUUUCAUAAAACUCAUGGUUCAUUGAUAAUCACUACUGAAAAUAGAAAUGAAAUGAUUAGCACCCCUGAUUUGAAAUUGAUUAUUCCACUUUGGCAUAUGGUUAAAAUCAAAUUACAUAUAAAUUAUAAUUCAAAUGUUGUUUACAUGUUACAAAAGAACUAUAAUUUGAUGAAUAAAGAAUUAGACCUUAUGGAUUAUAAAGAAUCUAAUUAUAAUGUAUUGAGUAAAAAUAUUUCAUCAUGUUGUCAAAUUUUAGAUGUUUGGGUUCAUACCACUGAAAUUAUAAGUUAUGAUGUUAGAGAAACUGCUGUUAGAACACCAGUGUUUUUAUGUUGUACAAUUUUCAUUAGCAUAAUUAUCAUGGCAACUUAUCUUGAUUUUAUUGAACAACAAUGUAAUAGAAGAGAUAUAUCGAAUCAUGAAUUAUUAGAUUGGUUUCAAUGUCAACAAAUAUUAUCUAAAAUGAAUAAAAUUUUAACCAAUAGUGUUAAGUCAGUUUAUUCAGAUGUAUUAACCAAAGAUAUGAAUGAUUUAUCUAACCCUAUUUCAGAAGAUUUAGUUUUGAAACUCAUGAAAUUAAGUGAAGAAAGAUCAAUGUAUGAUGACAAUAUUGCAAGAGAUUUAGAUUUAGAAUAUAAUAAAAUUCAAGUAAUUAAAUUAAAUAAAGAAAUUAAUCAUCAAAUUUUAAUGUUUAACUUGUCAAGAAGAUGUUAUUACCUUGGUAUAAGAGUAUUAGCUGAUGCACCAGUUUGGCCAGCAUCAAUGGGAUUUGCAGAAGCAUUACAAUUCAGAGCUAGCUAUUUAAAUCAAAGAGGUACUACUUAUUAA